AUGAACGGCGCGGCGCGGGCGCGGCCCCGGAGCUGGGGGGAGUUCUGCGAGCUCCACGCCCUGGCGACGGCCCGCGACCUGGCCGCGCGGUACCGCGACUUCGCCCGCGCGCGCGGGCGGCACGACGUGGUGCCGGCCGACCGCUUCUCCCAGCACUUCAGCGGCCUCUUCCAGCAGCACUUCUGCAGCGAGGUGGCCCGGGAAGACCCGCCCCUAACGCCGCCCCCGUCCCCGCCCGGCCCCCUGGCCCUGCCUCAGGCCCCGUACCCACCCCCACCCGGCCCCCUGGCCCUGCCUCAGGCCCCGUACCCACCCCCACCCGGCCCCCUGGCCCUGCCUCAGGCCCCGUACCCACCCCCACCCGGCCCCCUGGCCCUGCCUCAGGCCCCGUACCCACCCCCACCCGGCCCCCUGGCCCUGCCUCAGGCCCCGUACCCACCCCCACCCGGCCCCCUGGCCCUGCCUCAGGCCCCGGCUCAGCCCCCACCCCCUCCUCUGGCCCCGCCCCCUCCCUCGCCGACCUCCUGGCGGAUCCUGUCCCUCCCCGGGGUGCAGGGAUGCCGGUACCCGGAGAAGCUGGGCCCGCAGGCGCUCCUGGCGCUUCUGGCUUCGAAGGUGGAGCCCCUGGCCCCCGCGGUGCCGCUGGGCCGGCGGCUGCCCCUGGAGCGCCCGCCCGCCGACCCCGUCCGCCAUUUCGGGCCGCUGCUCGGCGGUCACGGCCGGCAGGGCGCCGCGUGCGAACGGACAGGAGGAGGAGGAGGAGUUUGGGCCUCUGACGGCUGGUACCCCACCGCCCCCCUGGCCCCGGCCCCGUCCCGGCCCCUCCUCUCCGUGGCCCAGAUCCGCCGGGGCACGCGGGGGCUUCUGAAGAAGUGCCUAAGGGGGUCCGUGGGGCACGCCGGACACACCGCCGCCAAAGGGAGCCAGACCGGCCCCGCGGCGGGCCGCUGGCUGGACCGGCUGUCCUGCAGGUUUCGGCUGCAGAGGGCCCCGCUCGGGGCCGAGGGGCCCAGCAGCUGCAGGGAGGGCCUCCUGCGGUACCUGGUGGUACCCGAUGGCGGGACGGACGGUCGCGCGGACUGGCAGCGCUGCCGCCUGCUGCUGUGGAGGGACCCCAAGGGCAUUCUGGGACAGGGCUACCAGCUGCAGGUCUAUGACCCGCCCAAGGGCUUCAGUCCCAAGCUGACGGCCAGGUGCUCGGACAUCGCCGAGGUGCGUCGCUGCAGCCGUCUGGAGAUGCCCGACAACGUCAACACGUUCGUUUUAAAGGUUAAUCAGUACUCCGGCAGUUUUAUAUUUGAAACUGAUAAUGAUCAGCAAGUCAGCUCCUGGACAGCAGAGAUCAACAAAUGCAUCAACACUGGGCUGGACGGCUCGGACAUGGAGCACAUUCCCUCCCUGCCAGACGAUGCGCUUGCCCUCGCCAGCAGAGGCCGCUCUGAGUCUCUACGUCCAGGGACACCGCGUCUCCCCGUGUCAGGGCAGACCCUUCGGCAGCCAGACGGCCUCCUGACCCCCUACCCAUGGUUCCACGGGGCGAUUUCGCGGGUGACAGCGGCCCAGCUGGUGCAGGCGUCGGGGGGUGAGGGCCACGGCGCGUUCCUGGUGCGGCAGAGCGAGACGCGGCGUGGGGACUACGUGCUCACCUUCAACUUCCUGGGCCAGGCUAAGCACCUGCGGCUUAGUCUGACGGAGUGGGGCCAGUGCCGGGUGCAGCACCUGAACUUCUCCUCGGUGUUGGAUAUGCUCAGCCACUACCGCGUGCACCCCAUCCCCCUGGAGUGUGCCUCCAGCCAAAACAUCACCCUCUCCAGCUACGUGGCGGCUAGCUCUAGGUCGGACAGCCCUGCGGUGCUGGUGCCGUUCUGCCUCCACCGCUGGAGUUCGGAGCCCAGCCUGGCCCGCAGCGACCCGCCCCCUACACUGGCCCCGCCCCCCGGCCCCGCCCCGGUCCCGGGGCGCCCGGGCGAGGCCCUGCACAGGAGCGCGUCCGUGGGCCGCCGACCCCUGCAGCUGCACCCUAACCUCCGGCCCCCCCCGCUGGACCCCACCUACGAGCUGGAGCCCCUGAGCAGGGCCCGCAAGCGUGCCGUGGACAACCAGUACAUGGCCAUGUGAGAGGGAGGGGCCGGGCCCGGAGGGAGGGCUCUCUGUAGAGCGGCAGGCAGGAUGGAGGGGUCUCUAUAGAGCAGCAGGAGCAGGAUGGAGGGGUCUCUAUAGAGCAGCAGGAGCAGGAUGGAGGGGUCUGUGUAGCGCAGCAGGCAGGAUGGAGGGGUCUCUAUAGAGCGACAGGCAGGGUGGAGGGGUCUCUA